AUGCGGGGACUGAUGGCCAGCAGCUGGAGGAAGUUUGGACACGCUGGCAGAGGGACAUAUGAGUGGUUAACUAGUGAGCCAAGCCGACCUCUUCUGGAAACCCAGCUGCAGGGCACCCAGAAAGUAAGUUCCACUAAAGACGACGUGGAGCCCUUCCUGUGCAUCCUUCUCCCGGCGACCAUCCUGCUCUUUCUGGCCUUCUUUCUGCUACUCCUGUACCGCCACUGCAAGGCCACACGGCCCGGGGGACAGGUGAUCAGCAUUGACCUCCCAGAGCACGCUCCCGCGGGAGAGGCCGUGGACUUCCGGCCGGGCCCGCCCUGGAGCUGCGAGCCGCGCUUCCCAUACUCCCAGCUGCCCGGGGAGGCGGCCCCCGUCCCGGCCUGCUCACCGCCCUCCUACGAAGAGGCCACCAGGACCCGCCCUGGGGCAGGGGCUCCGGAUGCAGGUCUGCGGCGUCAAGAGGGGUCACCUGGCCCGGAGGAGCAAGUCUAA